AUGGCGUCAUUCGAUCGUAUCCUAGAAUCUCGCGGAUGGCCUUUCUCGGACUGUGCUAUCCACGUCCAGUUUCGAGGGGAGGAUAACAGUCAUUUCAGCUUGGACGAUAUCCGUCAAUCAUGUGGAGGGUUUGGUAGAAUUCUAAAGAUCUAUGUCUGGACAGCUAAACGGAGUCAAAAACCACAGGCAUGUGUGUUGUUUGAUGCUGUGGAAGCUGUGAAAGCCGCAGAUAGAUCUACACACAAUGGGUCGUGUAGACUGUGGAAGAACGGCUACCAUAUGUUGCGAAUGUGCGAAAGCACCACCAUGAUUCUAGCAUCCUGUCUCAAAAAAGACGGCUUGACCCAUGGACAUCCUAUGUUUGCCGGUAUUCCACUAAGACGUGUAUCCUAUCAAGUGCAGCCGCCGACGAGGGGCGUCAAGUCCCCAGAAAAGGCCCAUCGGCCGAUCCCUACAGGGCCGAGAUACCAACCAUAUUCCCUUGACUCUCGUCCCCCUGCCCCACCCUCUCCUCCUCGUGCGAGUUCGCCAGACGCAUUAUUUAUCUCAUUCCCCCCAAAACGAGAAGCACCCCCAGCUGCCAACCCGGUGUCACCAUCUCAGAGAAACAGAGCCCAGUUUAGUCCCCCCCAACCAAACACUUCGAAUGGACUGCUGUUACCGAGGAAAGAGGCCACUCCACCACCUCCGAUCAAACCUCGGCAACAAACCCCAACUCAAGCGAUCCAGAUUGAGAGGCCGGAGCAGACACAGAUCGACAAAAACAAAAAACUGGAAACAGACAUCCGGGACCUCGUGUCGACUCAUAUUGAUUCGAUAUCCAAAGUGCAGGAGGCCGAGAUUGAAAACCAGAGGCUAAGGGCACGACUCAGAAACUCCGAGGAGGAACUCGCUUUACUGGCAGAUACAGUAAAGCGAGUAGAAGGGCGAGAACAAGCAGCAAUAGCGUUGCUUACUGAGACUGAGACACGCAGUCAGGAACAGUUGCAACUGCUGAGGAACAGCCUUGAAGUUGUUGAAUCUGCCAAAACCAAGGCAGAGAUUGACCUCGAGACGCUGAAACAGAAAUAUGGGAUCCUAGAGGCACAAUUGCUCAGCACGCAAGAACAACUGAGGUUGUUUUCUCUUUCCAGGAGAUCCAUCGACCAAUCUAUGCGCGCGCUCUCGGAUUCUCCACGACCUGGGUUGGAAGCUGCCAAGGCUUCGAGUAUAGAGCGAGACGAUGUGUUCAUCACCCCCACCUCUGCGACUGAUUACACUCGCAACCCCAUUUUAGGGAAGGGGACCCUCCAAAACAUGGCGGGUUUACUGGACGCAUUCAAAGAGAUCGACGAUUUAGUGAAAUCCGCAUUCCGUGGGUAG